UCCCAGGGAAACCGACAGGUCUAUAGAUAUUCUACCGGAGUAUAAAUUAAAAUGUAGUUUUGAUCAGCGACACUUGUCCCUUUCGAAUUGUCUACAGACAUGUCGAUAGACAAAGUCUAAACCGGCCUUUAUGGUUUAGGGACGUCUCAAGGAUCCCACAUUGCAAUUAAGCUUUCUAUGCCCGUUAUUAUUUGGGUCAUUGAUCGAUUGGCAACUGUGUAACAGCUUUUUCCCCACACAGACUGCCUCACCUCACCCAUGAGUCUACCGGCCGCCCCGCCCAGUUACGCUGAAGCCAUGGCAGGGGACAAGGAGCAGACGUACGGUGGAGUGAUGGUGGCAAUGCCCCCCUACAGUGACAACCUGCCCCCCAUGCCCCCUCCACCGGUGCCCAUCCACACCAGCUGGGCCUACGUGCACCCCAGUCCCAGCCCGGGCUACACCAACCCCUACGCUUCUGACAUGUCCUCUCCCUUCUCUGACCCCAGCACCAGCGACAGCUUGGAUGGAAGCAACUGGGAGGACAAGAACAUCCGACGUAUGUUCAUUCGCAAAGUUUUCUCCAUCCUCAUGGUCCAACUGUUGGUGACCUUUGGUAUCGUGGCUCUCUUCACGUUUUGUGAACCAGUCCGGCAGUUUGUGCAGUACAAUCGAAUCCUCUACCUUGCCUCAUACAUCAUCUUCAUGGGGGCAUACCUGGUGCUAGUCUGCAGCACAAGUGCCCGGCGACAGUAUCCCACCAACCUCAUUCUCUUGGGGAUAUUUACUUUGGCAAUGUCUUACAUGGCAGGAAUGCUGGCUAGCUACCACAACACUAAAGUGGUGAUGCUGUGUGUGGGCAUUACCGCCAUGGUGUGUCUGUUCAUCACGCUCUUCUGUUUCCAGACCAAGGUGGAUUUUACGUCGUGUCACGGUCUGCUCUUCUCUCUCAUGAUGGUGCUGAUGGUGACGGGACUGUUGCUCCUCUUCACCGCACCCUUCGGAUAUAUACCUUGGUUGCAGACAGCGUACGCUGGACUGGGUGCCCUUGUCUUCACGUUGUUCUUGGCCUUUGACGUGCAGCUACUGAUGGGCAACCGGCGGUACUCCCUGAGUCCUGAGGAGCACGUGUUCGGAGCGAUGUGUCUUUACAUGGACGUGGUCUACAUCUUCUUCUUCCUCCUACAGCUGUUUGGGAGUCAGGAGUGAAGUCACACCACCUUGUAGUCACGUUCAAUAGCCCCCUCCCCCCCUCGCUGAGUUUACUUUAUUAGGAUCUCGUUUAGCGACUGCACACAUGCAGCAGCUACUAUUCCUGGGGUCCACAUAAAAUAGUACAAAUACAUUACAAAGUACAGAGCAGUAAUAGACAAGAAUAUAAGAUAUUACAUUAAAUUCAAAAUAACAAUGAAGUAAGUGUGUGUGUGUGUGUGUGUGUGUGUGUGUGUGUGUGUGUGUGUGUGUGUGUGUGUGUGUGUGUGUGUGUGUGUGUGUGUGUGUGUGUGUGUGAGCGAGAGUGAAAGACACAACAAAUGUACUAUUCACACACGUCAUAUAUUCAUAUUCUUAUACACAGUAAAGUCAGAUUAGCUCUAUAGAAAGAGGAGAGGUGAUGUUUUUUUAAAGCUAUUCUUGCUUUUUGCCUAAGAAACCUCUGGUGGCAGAGUAUUCCUCAAUCCCGUGGCUCUUUACAGAACAGGAUAGCCACACCACCUUGUCACGUUCAAUAGCUCCCCCUGACUCUCUCUGCCUCCUCAAGUGUAUACAUCUACUCUGAUAUCCUUAUGCACGUACUUCUGUUUGGUUACGCUCGUACAAGCACACACACAUUUGAGAAUGGAUACAAAUACAUACCGGCACAUAUUUGUAAUCUGACGCAAAUACACACCCGCAGUACACUCACACACACCCGCAGUACACUCACACACACCCGCAGUACACUCACACACACCCGCAGUACACUCACACUCACACACCCGCAGUACACUCACGCACCCGCAGUACACUCACGCACCCGCAGUACACUCACGCACCCGCAGUACACUCACGCACCCGCAGUACACUCACGCACCCGCAGUACACUCACGCACCCGCAGUACACUAUCACACCCGCAGUACACUCACACACCAGCAGUACACCAUCACACCCACCAUAUACUAACACAUCCACUCUGAGGUAUCUUAUAAAAGCAUAGUUUGCGUAUAUUUUUCCUCUCCCUGAAUGUUGACACACAACUUAAUUAAGUUUAAAAAAAUAUAUAUAUAUAUAUAAUUUGAAGUGUGUGCGUGCGUGCCUGCGCGACUGCUGGGAUUUCAGUUCUGUCUGCACAGGCAAGCUCCUACCUCUAGGGGGCACUUCAGCCCUUGCCAAUCUCCAGAGUGUUGCUAACUCUGGGCCUGUGUAAGGGUUAGAACCAAUCUAGGGGCUGGGGUCAAUUUGAAUUGAAGAUGGGUCAAUUCAGAAAGUAAAUUUGAAUAAUAAUUUUAAACCAUUUUAAAUUACUUUUCAAUAAACUGAGGAGUAGAAGCUAUUUCUAGUGUUUUAAAAAAAAUGUAUUUCCUGAAUUGACUGCCUUCAAUUAAAAUUGACCACAGCCCUGUUGAAUGUUAGAUCUGCACCGAGGCAGUGUUGGAAGGUAAGCUGAUCUCAGAUCUGCCCUACGUCUCCCAAUGUUACUCUUAGGACGUGACCAGGCAGUUGAUGAAUCACAAUGAGACUGCAAAAGAAUAAGCUGACAGUGUGCUGUUGGUGGACAAUCCGUUUGCUGGGACAGAUAUGAGAACGGGUUAAUUGCAACCACGUUUAUUCAGGGUGACUUGUGGUUGACCAGUUAAAUGGACACUGGCUGAUUUCCCCUGGUAGUACUUAAACUUUUCUUGUCUUUGUUAUAUUGGAAUAUAUAUAUAUAUUACAGUUGACAAAUCAGAGUCAUUGCUUUUGUUUAAACAAUUACUUUAAACAGUUUCAGUCACUGGUGAGUCCAAAAGUAUUUCAAGAUUACAUUUAUUCCCUUAAAAUCACAUUUAUAGACAUUGACUUAACCAAGCCGAAAUUUGACCCCGAUUUUGGCACAUCUGGAUUUUCUCAUCUGGGUCUGUGAAACGUCAUCAAGCCAAUGAAGUUGAAGGAUAAAAGUGACGCUUGCAGUCCUUGGUGCAAUAAUGUGUCUUUGGCUAGGUUGCGAUUCUCUAGCCUCGUAUUACCAAGCUGAUUACUGCUGCGGAAUCCGUGAAGCGAAACAGAAUGUAAACUUGCGAGACUUCCGGAUGGUUGUACGAGGUUACCGAUUCUCUACCCUUCUGUUGUACAACCUUCUGGUGUUCGAGGUUACCCUUUUCCAGAAUUUUGCACUCGUUCAUCCCGCCUCAUACAAUUUAAAAGUAUUGGAUUGGUGCAACAUAGCUGGAGGGUGUUUUCACCGUAUUUCUGACACCAGUCCAUCCUUUUAAAUAAAGGGGGGUUGCACACUUUGGAAGAAGGUUAAAGAAAAAUAAUGUAGCUCUUGAGUGAGGAAUGCUUUUUAGGGGGCAAGUUUCGUUUCUUUGUUACAUUUAACUCACUUCCUCUUCUUUGAAUUUACGUGCCCGUGUUACGAGGUUGUCAGGGCAGAUUUCAAGUUAUACUAUGCCUUGGACUGAACUGGCAGGUUUUUUUUUGCUAUCAAAGGUGUUUUUAAAUAGAGUAGUCGUGUGUCUCUUCAAAUAUGUAUGAACCGACCUCGGAUGUAGAACUUGUAUAGAGGCAUGUUUUGAGGUUGUUUUAGUUCAAUUGUGAAGUCAGAGAUCUUCGGGAGGUGGGGUCAGUGUGACGUCAGUUGUCAUUAGCUGACAUUUGACAUGUUAUACAUAUGUCAGGGGUGUUCGACAUAGGCUUAAACCGAGUUAGACACGCUUAGAACAUUCCACUUUUUAAUAUAUUUGUUUUAUUGUUGUUGCAUUUAUUACCUAGAAUUAAAAAAAACAUUUCCUUUUUUAGAUGCCCUGUAGUACACCUUAAUUAUGGCAAAGGCUGGGCUCGUUCUGUUCGGCUGUAUAGGUGCACUGUUUAGUGUGGUCUCUUUUUUUCACAAUGAAACUGCCUAGUGCAUACAAUAUAAUUUGCACGAAGUGAUCGCUAUAGAAUCUCCAUAACAUUUGUUAGCACUUUGUGUAUUUUAAAAGCCAAUUAUUUUUGGUGAAAAGUGAAAAUCUGGCACAUUAACUUUGUAAUACUGAACAAAAAUAUAAACCGGUCCAUUUCUACGAUUUUUACUGAUUUACAGUUCAAAUAACUAAAUCAGUCAAUUGUAAUAAAUAAAUUAGGCCCUAAUCUAUGGAUUUCACAUGACUAGGCACGGGUGUAGCCAUGGGUGGGCCUGGGAGGGCAUAGACUCACCCACUUGGGAGCCAGGCCCAGCCAAUCAGAAAUGAGUUUUUUCCCCAUAAAAGGGAUUUAUUACAGACCGAAAUAGCCCUCAAUUUCAUCAACUGUCCGGGCGGCUGAUCUCAGACGAUCCCGCUGGUGAAGAAGCCGGAUGUGGAGGUC